AUACUAGAUUUCUCUCCGACAAUGGCUAACCCUAAAGUUUUCUUUGAUUUGACCGUGGAUGGCAAACCCGCUGGUCGGAUCGUGAUAGAGCUCUUCGCUGACUUGACUCCACGGACGGCGGAGAACUUCAGGGGUCUGUGUACCGGCGAGAGAGGCAUCGGAAAGUGUGGUAAACCAAUCCACUACAAAGGAUCAACCUUCGACCAUAUUGUUCCCGAUCUCAUGUGGUGUGGAGGAGAUAUCAUCUUCGAAAACGAACCCAUCCACAGCGAAGAAUUAGACGACGAGUACUUUAUCUUGAACCACGAAGACGGUCCAGGUAUCAUCUCCAUGGCCGACUCCAACGGAUCUCAGUUCCAAAUCCACAUGAAGGACUAUGGCUUGCAAGUGGACGGUGAUCACGUUGUGAUCGGCAAAGUUGUUGAAGGAUUGGAUCUUAUGAGGAACAUUGAGAAGGAGGUCAUAACUACGACAACAAGGACGCCUUCAAAGCCUGUGGUGAUCGCGGACUGCGGUGAGCUUUCAGAUUAUAGGUCAGAAAGAUGUUAUCUUAUGAAGAACAUUGAGAAGGAGGUCAUAAUUAAAACAGCAAAGGAUAACAAGCCCGUGGUGAUUGCGGACUGCGGUGGGCUUUCAGAUGAUAGAUCUGAAAGAUAUUAUCUUAUAAAUAUAGUUGUUGCUUGCAUGGUUUUGAUGUGUUUUUGGUCUUGGUUCGUUUAAUUUAGUUUUAACUUUUGGAGUUUAAGAUAGCUAGCCUAUCAAUGAAUGAUAAGCAUAAAUUUUAGCUAUUAUUUGCUACUAAGAAAAUCUGUUGUAAGCUCAUAGAAGAUAUUUG